CGCCGGCCCCGGAGCGAGAGCAGGGAAGCUUCCUCGGUCGCCCGCGUGCUCUCGGGAAACGGAACCUCCCUCCGUGGUAGGGCAGAGGGGACCCUGCAGGCUGAGGAUGGAAAGGAGUUGGUCAGCCCUUGUUUGUCUCCAGGUUUCACAGGAGAGUGGGAACAUGCUGAAGUAACAUACAGAAUUUCAGGACAGAAGGCAGCAGUGAACCUCCAUGAGCUGUGUGCCAGCAGAGUAUCGGAAAUCCUUCGAAACAAAGUGCACAGAACGGAAGAAGUGAAGGAUGUGGAUUUUUAUGCUUUUUCCUACUAUUACGACCUUGCAGCAAAUGUUGGCCUCAUAGAUGUGGAAAAGGGAGGCAGCCUUGUCGUCGGAGACUUUGAUAUCGCGGCCAAGUAUGUGUGCCGGACGGCGGAGACCCGGCCGCAGGGCAACCCCUUUCUGUGCAUGGACCUCACCUACAUCAGCCUGCUGCUCCAAGAGUUUGGUUUCCCAGAGAACAAAGUGCUGAAGCUGACUCGGAAAAUCAAUAAUGUUGAGACCAGCUGGGCUCUGGGGGCCGUCUUUCAUUACAUCGACUCCCUGAGCAGACAGAAGAGUCCAGCCUUGUAGCGGCCAAGCCGCUCCCAGCCAUCCUCACAGAAGCGGCUCCACCUCCAUGAGAACAGACCUUCGUGAGAAUAGACCUUUGUGAAACCCCUUGACAUGUUGGGAGGAAGCCACUGCUCAGGCUGCCACCCCUCUCCCCUUGGCCUUGCAGACCCUUCUCUGGACAGGCAGAGGGCUGCAAUGUGACCCAGGCCCAGCGCCUUCUGCCUUGGCUCCAGGUGAACAGUGAACCAGACAGGCAAAGGGCACAUGCCAAGGCCAGGGUGAUGCAGCCAGGCCAUCCCCCACCUGUCCCUGUCUGCAGGGUUGGAGUGGUUAUAAGGUGUUUCUGUGAUAGGAGUCUUGUUUUAUCUCCCUGCCCCUGUCUGGUCUCCUCCCAUCCCCAGGGCAGACCUUCACCUUCUCCCCAGAGACUCAGUGGGGAGGUUGUACAGGCUGUCCUGGCUACUCUCAGGGUGGGCCAAGUGGCAACCACCAUGCCCUCUGGGACAGGGGGUCUGGCAGACUUGAAUGUGUUUGCCUCCUCCUUGGAUGUGGAUGUGUGAGGUCAUCCAGAGGUCGGUUUUUUCAGGUUCUUGGACGGUUUGGAGCUAACUGUCAGAGUUGGCCCUGUGAGUAGGAAGAGGGGCUGGGGGAAAUACCUCUCGUGUGCCCCAGCCCUACAGAGGAGGUCCAAAUGUGAGCGUGAACUGCUUACAAUAUUUAUGGCUGUGCUGUGUGUGACGUCUCCGUCGUGUGUUGCUGAGUGUUCGUGUAGCAACUGUGUUCUGAGCCCCAGUGGAUGUAUCGCUACCAUGAGCCAUUUGCAACUGAGCAGUAUUGAAGACGCACACCACCUCAUUGUGGGUCAGGCAGGCUGCAGUCCCUGGGACCACCUUCUGGCUUUGCUGGGGUGCGGGGCCAUUGCCCAUCCCCUGGGAGCUCCACUGGACACUGGCCCACACUCCUACAUUGGGGUGUGAGCUCUGUGAGACCUGGGCCUCAGGGUCACAGUCGUUCCUGCAGUAAAUGUAUGGUACAUGGAAUAAGCUAAACAUCAUGUGUUCCACUCAAAAUAAAGAGUUUACAAGGGUU